AUGGUUGAGGCACAGAAAUAUAGGAUUGAACAAGAGAUGACAAAUCUCGUAAACGAAUUAGAUAGAAGUUAUUUAAGGAAAAUGCAAGGUGAUAUGCACAGAUGUGCGGCUAAAUGUUGUGAUGAUCCACAGUCUUCUUUAGAGAGAGUGCAUGGCUGUAUAGAAAGAUGUACAGCCCCACUGAACCAAGCUAAUAAUUAUGUACAAAAUGAAAUAAAUCAUCUACAAAAUAGACUACAAAGGUGUGUGAUGGACUGCAAUGAUUCAGCCCGAGACAGAUUAGGUCCAGAUCCCAGCCAAGAGACUAUUGAUAAAUGCACAAUACAAUUUGAAAAAUGUGCAGUGACAUGUGUUGACAAACACAUAGGCCUGAUACCCGGUAUGAUGAAGUCCAUGAAGAAAGUUCUGGCCAGCGGUAAACCUCCUCCACAGAGCAGUGAA